AUGGCAAGCAGCUCCCUCUCCUCCGUAGUCUCCAGCCUCGUCCGGGCACAAAUGGGUGCCGCUGUCUCUGAGAGUGUAGACGACACAGACUUGGACCGGCAUGUUGCGGAGUUGAUUAUGAAGGAGGCGAAGGAGAAGGUGGAGAAGUACAAGGCUGAGGACGGGAUUCGCGCGUUCUUGCCUGGCUACUCCUAUGAAGAUAGCAAGGGUCCGCGUACGAACAAGCGCUUCCUUUCGAACAUCAUCCGUAAUACCGAUGACCACAACCGCACAAUACUCCGGGCUCAGGCGGAGAGCGCCGCCGAGAUACGUGCCGAGAAGGAGGCACGCGAACGGGCAGAGCGACGUGCACGAGCUGAGGAGGCUGUGGCUGCAGAACGUGCCCGACGCGAUACUGGCUCUUCAUCAUCUCGUCGUCGGGACGACCGCAAACGGCGGGAGAGAAGUUGGGAGCGAAGAGGCCAUGAAUAUGACGAGGAAGAUGAUGACUAUGAGCGGCGACGGAGAAGGAGAAGUAGGAGAGACGAGGAGGACGAGGAUAUGGACGAAGAACGUGACCGUCGGCAUCGGCGCCGCGAGCGCUCGACGGAGCGCCCGUCGCGGCGACAUGAAGAUGAUCGCCGCCGCCGGCCCGCGGGUGACAGGGAAGAGCGUGAUGCCGAUGAUCGCCGCCGGCACCGUAGCCAACGCUCUUCCCGCCACAACGAAGACAGAGAUCACCACCGCAGUCAUCGUAGCAGACGUUCGUCUCGGAAAGACGAUGACGACGGGCAGCGGACUCGCAGACGUUCUCGCUCGCCGGACAAUGCCGAAGAAGACCUACCUCCACGCAAGAGGCGGCAUCGUUCGCGUACGCCGAACUCUGAACGGCAGCAUGGCAGCGCACGCGACGAUGGUUCGUCUGGACAACGUGCCUCCCGUUCCCCUGACCGUGAUGCACCGCGUUCUGAGACCCUGUCCGAAUCUGGGUCGCAUGAGAGAUCUGUCGACCGCCCCGACUCCGACUCACGGAGAAGAGAGAAGGGCAAGGCAAAAGCCGAACCUGAGCCUCAAGAACCGUCUUCGCCUCCACCGCCAGGACCGCCAUCACCACCUCCCGGACCACCUUCACCGCAGCCUGCCGCGAGGCCCUCGAAGAAGUCGUCUUCUCUGCUUCCACCCAUGCCGCCUCGACCACCCCGACCGCGCUUCUCGCCACCUCCAUCGCCCAAACGGCAGAAGUCCUCGAAGAAGGAUCGUCCGCCUGAGCCUCCUGCACCUGCACCUCCGCUCCCACCAAUGGUGCCCUCGAAGAUGGACAAGUACUUCGAAGACUCUUACGACCCGCGUCUCGACGUCGCCCCGCUAUCCAGUACGCCGAAGGUCCCUGCCACUGGUCUCGUACAAGGCUCUGAGUUUGACGGCUGGGAAGCUAUGCUCGAAGUCAUCAGGGAGCGGCGCGAGCGAAAGGCACUCGGUCUGGACAAGAUUGACAAGAAGAGUCGGAAGAGCGGGACAAGUAGCCCUGCGCCCGAGACUUGGGGCGGAGGCGUCAGCGCGCUGGAUAUCGCGUACAAGAAGCGAGGCUCGACGAGGGAGUGGGAUCUGUGCAAGGAGACGCCCACGUAG